AUGGUAUUUGGUCUCGAGGGGCACACAGCCACGUUGUAUGGCGAGUGGAUCGUGACGAUUGGCGGCAAAACCGCCGCUUUCGACCUUAACGAGUCUGUGCUCUCGCUGAACAUAGUGACCUGCGAGUGGCGGCAGAUGCUGUGUGACGGGGUGGCGCCGUUGCCGCGCGCGUACCACUCCACGUGUCUGCACGGCUCGCGGCUCAUCGUCUUCGGCGGCAUCACAGCUGUGGGGGUUAACGAUAUUCACUACAACACAUACAACGUCUUCACGGCGGCUGACGGGCUUGACCGCGAGACGCUGCAGCAGACGGGCCGCGACCGCCUGCGCGAUCCGUCGUUGAUGCGCCCGCUCAUACCACAGCGCCUCGAGCCAGACGGCCCGCUGUAUGUGUUGGACAUGUCCGUCUCACCGCCGCGGUGGGAAACGCUGCGCUGCGGCGGGAGUGUGCCGUGCUGCCGCUCUCACCACGCGGCCGCUGUGCACGGUGACGCCAUGUACGUUGUGGGCGGCUACAACAUCCAUGCGGCGGACACGCAGCCGACGCCGGACUUCGGCUGUGUGUACCGCCUCGAUGUGGCGGCGCGGCAGUGGACCGCUAUCACGCUGCGCACCCCGCUGUACUACUGGGGCGCAACACUUACACCGCUGGGCGGCACGCUCAUCUGCCUCUUUGGCGGCGUCUCACGCAUUUCGAACGCGGAGUCACACGACACCUUCCUGCUGGACAUGCGGAGCGGCGGCGUGCAGGCGCUGGCGCCCAACGCGCGCACGCCACUUCCCCGA